AAUGGGAUAGCGCUACGCAUGCGCCAAGCAGUGCCAUUCAAAUUUAAAGCAAUCAGUCAUCAGACGUCCGUUGCGCUUUUUCUGCGGCGACAUCUACUGUGUUAGAACAAUCAGAAAAUCCUCCUGUGACUUUCCGAUUGCGAUUCCACAGUUAUAAGGUUUAUCUUCUAAAGAAGCUGUCGCGUUUUGCCGAUCGUGGUUUACUGCAUUUUCUUUGACGAUUAAGACAACUUAGCAACAGUUCCGCAUUUGAACGACGGUUAGACUUUGGGUCAGAAUGGCUUCGGAGGAAUUCGAUGCCUAUAUUCGGAUGGCACUAGAUCAGGAGUUGCACGGUAAAGAAGUCAAGCGCGUAUACGGCGUAACGUGCAAAGGCCAAGCGUAUGUUUUUGUGGUCACCAAGGUUGCCUGGUACGGUGUGUACUGGUUUGCCCAACCAGAGCCAGUGAAAUCCACUCAAACAUCUAAAAAAUAUGGAGCAUUCUUUUCAGAAUGGUCAGGCGAAUGUCUGACGUACCAGCAGUUUGUCACGUUACAAGGCGCGGACAACUGGAUAAGCAGUGUUCAGCGGGCCGUUGAAAAUCCCGUCACGAUAAACGAUGCCAAAUUUCUGUCAUUCCGCAUUCAUGGCCUACCAGCCGCGUGCGCACAUCAGCCGGAUACCUAUUUAAAACCAGGUGAUCAUAUUCGCGGACCAUUCUACGCCGACCACCACGAAGCCAUCUAUCUGGGCGACGGGAAGGUACUGCACGUGUCAGGUCACAACGAUGGUGGAACGCUGCUAGGCCGGAAAAAAGCCGCGUGUGCACGUAUUGGAAAGUUUUAUGGAGAUUUCAUUCAUAGCUACGAUGCGCCGGUGGAACUCGUCGAAUACUGUUUACGCUUGCGCACACGCAAAGAGAUUGUGGACACUGCUAAAGCGUACGCGGCAGAGAAAUUCCGCAACAAAGAGUACAAUCUGUUCUGAAAAAACUGCCAGCAUUUCGCGUCACUGUGCGCAUCGGGACACGAAUUUAUGUGUGAAGAUAUGCUAGAGCCUCGCACAGCACUUUCCGGCGGUUUCAGUAGACUCCGGCUACAUUUGACGAACCGCUAAGUGUGU